AUGGACAGCAGCGGGGGCCCCCCGCUCUGCUUCCCCAGCCUUAACUCCUCCUGCAGGCGUCUGCCUCUGCCCCGCUUUGAGACUGCUCUUCUCUACAUCCUGCUGGCCUCCGUCUCUCUGUUGACUGUGACUCUCAACCUGCUGGUCAUCAUCUCUAUCUCUCACUUCAGGCAGCUCCACACCCCGACCAACACCCUGCUGCUGUCUCUGGCUGUGUCCGACCUGGUGGUGGGGCUGCUGGUGAUGCCCAUCGAAGGCCUGCGCUACAUGGAGACGUGCUGGCUGCUGGGGAGGCUGAUGUGUGCUCUGACUCCUUAUGUUUCUUACUGUCUGCUCUCUGCCUCUCUGGGCAACAUGGUGCUCAUAUCCAUAGACCGUUAUCUGGCCAUCUGUGACCCGCUGCUCUAUUCCUCUAAGAUCACCCUGAACAGAGUUAAAAUUUUAAUCUGUCUCUGUUGGGCCUGUUCUCUUCUCUACAAUAGGCUUAUUCUGAUGGUACACCUAGGGCGGCUGGACAGGUUCAGCUCCUGCCAUGGGGAGUGUGUGGUGGUCAUCAGCCACAUCUCAGGCAUAGUAGAUCUGUUCUUCUCUUUUGUCGGACCCUGUACUGCCAUGGUUGUUCUGUAUAUGAGGGUGUUUGUUGUUGCUGUUUCUCAGGUGCGUGUCAUUCGGUUGCAGACAGUAGCCACCGCUGUCAUUGCAGCUCCAACUGCUAAAAAAUCAGAGUGGAAGGCAGCCAGGACUCUUGGGAUUGUGAUAGCUGUGUUUCUAAUGUGUUUCUGCCCUUAUUACUAUCCCUCUCUUGCAGGCGAGGAUACCUCAAACAGCUUGUCGUACUUUGCUGUUCUGUCUUGGAUCAUGUUGAUGAACUCCUGUGUAAACCCUCUGAUUUACGCUCUGUUCUACCCCUGGUUUAGGAAGGCUAUCAAACUCAUUUUCACCCUCAGAAUACUGCAGCCUCACUCCCAGGAGGUCAAGAUCCUGUAGACAGGGCUAACAUGAUCAUUGAAUGGAAACACUGUCUCACCACUGGCCUGGCCGUUUUGCUGCAGCACCACAGAGGCUGCUCGACAGUGGCCUCAGGCACAGACUUUUAUCAUGUUGUCUCACAAGUGUUUAGUGAUUAGGGUUUUUCUCAUGAAUACACACCUCGAUGUUAAGUGAAGCACAUUAACCCUGGCUAAUGUGACUUUUCACUGCAGAUGUCUAUCUAGCAUGAAACACUGUAUGCACUGCAUUUUUGUAUAGCAGCAAA